AGUAACGUAAAUUGCAACAGCUGAAAUUACCAAAAUGUCUGUUGUCCGUUGACGCUACUUAUUAGCGUUUUCUGAGGGUAAUUUCGAAAUUAACGCAGCAUUCUUGAUUCUACUGUCGAUACUUCAGAAAAUGUGCUCGUAAUCUAAGAUACUAAUUUAUUUCCAGUAGAUACAUAAUUCAAACAUUCGCAACCCGCGUUUUAAAGUGUCUCAUUUUACUCCCUAUUGUUUACGGACUUUGCGGGGGCAAUGGCAUCAUUCCGUAUUCAUGAAGAUCAAGAAAAUGCUGCGUUAGGAAUAAGAAAAGAUGCUGAAAUAUUUACAGCGAACACGCAACGGCGUGCUCUGGGUGAUCUCAGCCAGUUCGCUUGUAAUCAAAACCGGAACAUCAAACUUGCCGGGUUGACGAAUGGACCGUGCAAAGUUCAAGAUGAGAACAGAACGGUACGUCAGAUCAAAAAUGAAAAGAACAUUGUGCUCCCAGUAGCUCAGUUUCGCGCGUUUAGUGUUUACGAAGACAAGAACUCUGAAGCAGAAGCUAAGAAAAAGGAGCCAACUUAUAAACCAUUCGCCACGAAAGAGAUUAAGAAAGAUAAUAUCUUUGUUAAUAACUCUGAGAAUGUUAAGGCUCUUUGUCCCCAAAUUGAGAAACAACCAGACCGUCCAACAGAACCAGAUGCGGCCAGGGUUCUUCAGGAGAAAAAAGAUGUGGCAAAAGAAAAGAAAGAGGUGAUAGAAUCUCCAAUGUCCAUAGUGGAUUCUAGUAUUCUAUCUUGUAUGUCCAUUUCAAAGAAUGAGAGUCAGAUUCUGGAGGAGACCCUCAAUGAUGAAGAUACCACCACCGCAACAACUGAUCGGGAGAUGUUCUUCCAUGUUGUGGAAUAUCAGAAUGAUAUAUACGAAUACAUGAGAGAAAUAGAGGUGAAGAACAGAGCAAACCCUCGGUACAUGCGUAAGCAGCCAGACAUAACGCACAUGAUGAGAUCCAUUCUGGUUGACUGGCUCGUAGAAGUUUGUGAUGAGUAUGGACAACAGAGUGAGACGUUGCAUCUUGCCGUGUCCUAUGUCGACCGCUUCCUCUCUUACAUGAGUGUUGUACGUACCAAGUUGCAACUAGUGGGAACAGCAGCUACAUAUAUUGCAGCUAAAUACGAAGAGGUUUACCCGCCCGAGGUGUCAGAGUUCGUGUACAUAACGGACGACACUUACAAGCGGCGCGACGUGCUGCGCAUGGAGCACCUCAUCCUGAAGGUGCUCUCCUUCGACCUCUCAGCACCCACCUCGCUCUCCUUCCUCUCGCUCUACUGCAUCACCAACUCACUCUCCAAGAAGACCUUCCAUCUGGCCGCAUAUAUUUCGGAGCUGUGUCUGUUGGAAGCCGAGCCCUAUCUUCAGUUCAAGCCAUCUAUAAUAGCUGCGAGCGCACUGGCGACGGCGCGGCACUGCUUGCUGUGCGAGUGCAGCGCGCCGGGGGCGGAGUCCCGGCUGGUGACGCGGUGCUCGCUGACCGCCUGGCCGCCCGCCCUGGCGCAGUGCACCGGGUACACCCUGGCACACCUCGAGCCCUGUCUGCGCGAGCUGGCCCGCACGCAUGCGCACGCGCACCAACAACCCUACAGAGCUAUACCAGAAAAGUAUAAGAGUAACAAAUUCGACGCUGUAUCGACUAUAGAGGCGAGGCCCUUGUUCCCUGUGGGCAAGUACCAGCCCGCGGCCGCCGCAAACCCCCCCCGGCCCCCCGCCGACAACAACCGCAGCUAGUGCACAUUGUUGCACAACAUGUCUUAGCUAAAUGUUGAUAUACAUACACUCAUCCUCACUACACUUAUAAAGACUUGAUCUGCAUUUUACAUUGAAUUUACAAGAGUACAUUAUUAUUUUGUAGGAU